AUGAAUUUAAUAAGAAGGUAUGUUUAUCAUGAUGUGAUACGUUUAGGGGAUGCCCAAAAGUUGAUUGAUUGUUCUCUCGUUCAACCGUACACAACAAAUAGUGCAAAAGUGGUGUUUUUGAAGCAAAGGCCAAUCUUGUCACGCCCCUUCAGAGCUUCUUUUGGUAACUUAUGCAUAAGUUGUGAUCGCAGCCUCCAACAUCCAUAUCUCUUCUGCUCUCUCUCCUGCAAGGUCAAUCAUCUCGUGGCCCUGAAAAAAGAAACCACCAACAAUAAGGAACAAAAACCAAUUCAAAACUGCGAACUUUUGCUUCAGCCUCCAAAAAGACAAAAACUAGAGAACCUCUCGGAGACGGCGGAUGACCAAAUUACCCCCGACUCAGUCCUCAACUCGCCGGUUUUGCUCUCCGGGUCAACCGGUAGUAUAUCUUCAGGUGGUGGGGAGAAGAACAAUUGCACAACAGUUUUAGUCUCCUUUGCAGCAGCCACAGAGUUUGUGAAGAAAAACAAGAAGAUCAAGAAGAAGGGUGUUCCUCAACGGUCACCUUUGUAUUGA